CUAUUCAUCACCGCGCCCAGCAAAUGAAAUGAUCAGUGACGAGAGAGAGAAACGAGCCCCUGCUUUCAACAAAACCCCCGUCGGCCAGCAUGAGCAGACCUAGCAAGAUAGGAUAGGUAGAUAGGUGGUAGGUAUGUACUUAGUAGCGCUCGUCAUGAAGACUCGAACGAAGGAACACUUCCCUUUAACUCCUCGCUCCCCGCUCCCCGCUCCUCGCUCCAUGCCCCAUCUCAUCCCCAUCACCAUCACAGCGCCCGCUUCCCUAACCAAUCAGCCGCACCAGCCGCGUCUGGCCAGCCCAGCCGUAUACGGCACGAGGCAGCACGGCCACGGGGGGCCUAGCCCAGCCUAGCCCAGCCCAGCCGCAAGCGGACGCUCGCCGCUACAAGCGCUGAACCAAGCACGGACAGACGGGACGGGGCGGGACGGGACAGCUCGGGGUGCAGGAGCGGGACGCAUGGACAGGCGGCGUGGUUGGUGUGCGCGGGGUUGAGAGAGGGGUUGUUGAGGUGGGGAGGGG